CAUUAGUCAGACACUCUCAGACACACCCUUUUGGAUUAUUGGGUGAAGAGAAGAAGAGAGGAAUUUCAGUUUCAGACACAAAAAGAGAGAGAGAGAGAGAAAGAAAAAACAUAGAACUUUGUGUUCCUGGACAUUGUAGGGGAAGAUUGGGGACAACCCUUCACCCUGACUCAACCAACUCUUCUCCCUCACCUCACAAUCCAACACCAUCAUCAUUCUUGUCCUCAGUUUUUGCAAAAAAAUUUAAUUUUUUUUCUGGGUUUUGGAGCUAGCUGUUUCACUCUCUCUCUGAAGAUGAGUAGCUGCUGAGUGCUGAAGCAAGCAAACACAGAUUUCCGAUGAAGCCUCAGCCUCACGGUGACGGUGGCUCCACCGCACACAACCCCUGUGAAGGUUCAGGAGCAGAGAAGAAGAGCCUCAUCAACCCUGAGCUCUGGCAAGCUUGUGCAGGGCCACUUGUGAAUCUUCCCCCUGCUGGAACCCAUGUUAUCUACUUCCCUCAAGGACACAGUGAACAGGUUGCUGCAUCUUUGAAGAAAGAUGUGGAUGCCCAGAUUCCCAAUUACCCUAAUCUACCUUCCAAGUUACUUUGUCUUCUCCACAAUGUCACUUUGCAUGCUGAUCCAGAAACAGAUGAAGUAUAUGCUCAGAUGACACUUCAACCUGUGCCUUCUUUUGACAAGGAUGCUUUAUUAAGAUCUGAUCUUGCUCUAAAGUCAAGUAAGCCACAGCCUGAGUUUUUCUGUAAGCAACUCACGGCAAGCGAUACGAGUACUCAUGGAGGUUUUUCUGUGCCUCGCCGUGCUGCGGAGAAGAUUUUCCCUCCUCUUGAUUUUUCUAUGCAACCUCCUGCUCAAGAACUUACGGCUAGGGAUCUGCAUGAUACUCCUUGGACAUUCCGCCAUAUCUACCGUGGGCAACCAAAACGCCACUUGCUUACUACUGGAUGGAGUCUAUUUGUUAGUGGAAAGAGGCUUUUCGCUGGGGACUCUGUUUUAUUUAUAAGAGAUGAAAAGCAGCAGCUUCUUUUGGGUAUCAGACGAGCUAACAGGCAACCCACCAAUAUAUCAUCCUCUGUACUAUCAAGUGAUAGCAUGCACAUUGGAAUUCUUGCUGCUGCAGCUCAUGCUGCUGCAAACAAUAGUCCCUUCACUAUCUUUUAUAACCCUAGGGCUAGUCCCUCAGAAUUUGUUAUUCCUUUAGCCAAGUACUACAAGGCAGUGUACAGCCACCAAAUAUCCCCUGGCAUGCGCUUCCGAAUGAUGUUUGAAACUGAAGAUUCGGGAACAAGAAGGUAUAUGGGUACUAUUACUGGUGUCAAUGACCUGGAUCCUGUGAGAUGGAAGAACUCUCAAUGGCGUAAUUUGCAGGUUGGUUGGGAUGAGUCAACUGCUGGGGAAAAGCGUAGCAGGGUCUCAAUAUGGGAAAUUGAACCUGUGACUGCUCCUUUUUUCAUCUGUCCUCCCCCGUUCUUUAGAUCCAAGAGGCCAAGACAACCAGGACUGCAUGAUGAUGAGUCAUCUGAUUUUGAUAACCUUUUCAAGCGGACAAUGCCUUGGCUUGGUGAUGAUAUGUCCAUGAAGGAUCCCCAAGGUCUCCCUGGCCUGAGCUUAGUUCAAUGGAUGAACUUGCAGCAGAAUCCUGCAUCAGCUAACUCAUUGCAGCCAAAUUAUGUUCCUUCCUUCUCAGGAUCUGUUUUGCAAAAUCUUCCUGGGGCAGAUUUUCAUCGUCAGCUGGGAUUUUCUAGUCCACAACUUUCUCAGCCACAUAAUGUACCCUUCAACGCUCAGAGGCUCCUUCAGACUGCACAACAGCUUGAUCACCUUCAGAAGCUACCGUCCACUUCUAGCACAUCGGGGACCAUCCUGCAGCAACAGUCUGGUGAUAUCACUCAGCAAACAAGGCCGAACAUGGCAAAUCAAACUCUUCCUCACAGUCAAGCUCAGGCCCAACUCCUGUAUCCCCAGAAUCUUGUUCAAACCAACAAUAUUCUUCAACAGCAGCAACCAUCCAUUCAAAACCAUCAACUCCAUAGAAACCUCUCUCAGAACCCACCACAGCAGCUACAGCAGCAGCAGCAACAGCAGCAGCAGCAUCAGCAACAGCAACAGCAACAGCAACAUCAGCAACACCAGCAGCAUCAGCAGCAGCAGCAGCAGAUAGUUACAGGUCUAAACCAACAACAAAGUUUGACCCAAUCCCCUAUACCUGAACACCAUCAACAGUUUCAGGUGUCUGAUAAUCAAAUUCAGUUUCAAUUGUUACAGAAGCUUCAACAACAACAAAAACAAAUGCUCUUGGCACAGCAAUCUGCGCUGCAGCAACCUACUCAAUUUACUCAGUUCCAGGAUCAGCAGAGGCAUCUUUUAGAUAAAACACAAAACUUAUCUAAAACACCAAUACCUGGUCAAGUGCUGGAAAAUCCUUCUAUACUUCAAAAUUCACUCUCUGAGGCCAAUUCUAUCACACUUCAGAUGGCAAAGGCUAAUGGCCGCAAUGAUAUUCAAUAUUCUCAUCUCUCUCAGCAGCCCAAGCUUCAACAUCAGCAUUCUGGCUUGCUGUCUGAAAUGUCUGGCCACAUGGCACUUCCCCCUACCCCUACAACCAAUCAGCAUUCUGCUGCUGGCAGUAGUAGACUUACUGGAGCAGCUGGUGCUGCGCAAUCUGUAAUUACUGAUGAUGUUCCAUCUUGUUCCACCUCACCUUCUACAAAUAACUGUACCAAUGCUCUUCCGCAAUUGAUAAAUUCUCACUUACAUAGAAGCACAAUGUUAGGAGAUGACAUGGCUCAGUCUGCUGCCACAAUCUUGAGUUCAAGUGCCUUAGAAACUGUGUCAUCAAACGCAAAUUUGUUGAAAGAUUUGCACCCCCACUCUGAAGUUAAGGCUUCUCUCAACAUUUCAAAAAAUCAGAAUCAAGGAAAUUUUGUUUCUCAGACAUACUUGAAUAGUGGAGCUGCCCCGACAGAUUGUUUGGAUACAUCAUCUUCUACAUCAGUUUGUCUGUCUCAGAAUGAUGUUCACAUGCAUCAGAUUAACAACCCAUUAUCUUACAAUCCACAGUCUAUGUUCUUUAGAGACAAUAGUCGAGAUGGGGAAGUUCAGGCAGAUGGUAGGAGCAAUAUUCCAUAUGUCAAUAACAUUGAUAGCCAAAUGAGAAUGCCACCGAAUACAGAUUCUGAUUUAACCAAAGGCACAUUGGGGCUGGCGAAGGAUUUGUCUAGUAAUUUCUCUUCAGGAGGCAUGCUUGGUAACUAUGAAAAUAAUAAAGAUGCUCAGCAGGAACUUUCAUCUUCAAUGGUUUCACAAACAUUUGGAGUCCCUGAUAUGACCUUUAAUUCAAUUGAUUCCACAAUCGAUGACAGUAGCUUCUUGAAUGGUGAUCCAUGGGGUCCACAACCAGCACCGCCACCACCACCAGCACAGUUUCAGCGGAUGAGGACAUAUACCAAGGUAUAUAAACGGGGAGCUGUGGGAAGGUCCAUCGAUAUAGCACGGUAUUCAGGAUAUGAGGAGCUUAAACAGGAUCUAGCUCGUAGGUUUGGCAUUGAGGGACAAUUGGAGGAUCGACAAAGGAUAGGUUGGAAACUUGUCUAUGUAGAUCAUGAGGGUGAUGUUCUACUAGUGGGAGAUGACCCUUGGGAGGAGUUUGUUAACUGUGUCCGCUGUAUUAAAAUACUUUCUCCCCAAGAAGUGCAACAAAUGAGUUUGGAUGGAGAUUUUGGCAGUGGUGGCCUUCCAAAUCAAGCCUGUAGCAGCUCUGAUGGUGGGAAUACUUAAAUGGAAUCCAGUAAUAUGCUAACUACUCAUCCAUAUUGAUAACUUAGAUUGUUUCUAGGUAGGAUACAUACAUUAUUGUCCCAUAGGCGGUAAUCAUGCAAUAGGGGACGUUGGUGUCCUGCAUCAGGACUUAAAAGUUAUAUUUUGCAGUUUGAAAAGAAGACAGGUGGAGAAACUAACUGCUGCUAGUGCUAGAAGUUUUGAAUUCAAUGUUUGGAGCACCCUGACAAAGUUGGAUAUGUUUGAAGCGUAUGUUGUUGUAAACUUGUAAUAUUUAAGCAAAGAUUGCUCUUAUGGUGGUUUGAAAUGUUUAAUUCACUCCAUUGUAGAAAGAAAGGUUUAAUUUACUUGAUA